AUGCCAGAACCAUGCAAAAUACGAACUCUUGAUAUCCAUCACACAACGAGUUCACUUGCUACCAAAAUGCUCCUCCUUUUCUUUGUUUGGUAUGCUUCAAUCUGUCUCACUUCUGGUAUGUCUGAUGAGUAUUCCAUUCGGAAUAUAGGUCUAGACAAGUUCACCUUUGAGAAAGAAGUCUUCCACCUAUUCCAAAUGCGGAAGAAAGAGACUCAACGAGAAUACCAAACCCUAGAAGAGGACGUACAUAGAUUUCGUGUUUUCAAAAGCAAUUUGAAGUACAUCAGAGAGAAAAAUGCAGAAAGGAAGUCACCCGGUGACUACAGUUUGGGCCUGAACAAAUUUUCUGAUAUGAGUUAUGAAGAGUUCAGCAAAAUCUACUUACAUGAGACUGAGGAAUCCAUGAUAGAAAGCAACAAUAGCAGAAUAGUAUUGAACGCCAUAUCCUGUCCCACCGCACCUUCUUCUUUCGAUUGGAGAACCGAAGGAGCUCAAAUAAAAUUCAUGUUUAUGGACACUUGUUGGGCAUUCUCUGCAACUCGAGCUAUGGAAGGAAUAAAUAAAAUAGUCUCAGGACAGCUUCUGGCUCUUUCUGAACAGCAACUCAUAUCCUACGAUCAGAAAAGCACAGGUUGCAAGGGAGGUGGGUGGUACGCUAACGCAUUUCAAUCUGUCAUCAACAAUAAUGGUAUUGUCAAAAACUCACGGGGAUCUACCUAG